AAACGUAAUUAUUUUAAAGCAAUAUAACCCCAAAGAACGUGAAAAGAAAACGUUACCUUUACAAAUAUAUAUAUAUCUUAGGGAAGUAUGCAGGAUGCAGUAGCUGGGACGGCAAUGCUGACGGACGGCUUCGAGGACGAGAUUGACUCGGUGACUCCGCGCUCCCAAGCGUUAGGGAUGGGGGUUGGAGCUACACCAGGAGCCGGACUCGGAGGCCUCGGGAUUGGUGUCGGCGGAAAAAAAGUACGCUUGUUUGGCGAGGCUGGUGGGCCUGCCGCAGACAGACUUGAUUUCAAACUUGCUGCCGCAGCAGUGCUUUCCUCAGGCCCAGGAUCCGGCAGCGACGAGGAUGAGGUAUCAGAGGUGGAGUCAUUCAUACUAGACCAGGAGGACCUGGAUAACCCUGUGCUAAAGACAGCGUCAGAGUUGCUAUUGUCAAGCGCUGCAGACGGAGCGGACCUCAGGACUGUAGACCCAGAAACACAAGCCCGACUAGAGGCACUUUUAGAGGCUGCAGGCAUUGGUAAACUGUCCACUGCCGAUGGUAAAGCCUUUGCAGAUCCAGAGGUGCUGCGACGUCUGACGUCGUCGGUGAGCUGCGCGUUGGACGAAGCCGCCGCCGCCCUCACACGAAUGAGGGCCGAAAACACACUCAACGCCAGCCAGGCAGACAAUCUGGUUAUUUUUAGCCGUAGCCUGGCGGAGGCCUGCUCAGACGGCGACGUGAACGCAGUGAGGAAGCUGCUGGACGAGGGGCGAAGCGUCAAUGAGCACACAGAAGAAGGGGAGAGCCUCCUAUGUCUGGCCUGUUCUGCGGGAUACUACGAACUGGCACAGGUCUUGCUUGCCAUGCACGCUAACGUAGAGGACAGAGGCAUCAAAGGUGAUAUCACGCCCCUGAUGGCUGCGGCUAGUGGCGGCUACGUAGACAUAGUCAAGCUGCUCUUGGUACAUGGUGCCGACGUCAACGCACAGUCAUCCACAGGAAACACAGCUCUGACGUACGCGUGUGCAGGAGGCUUCCUUGACGUAGUGAAAGUGUUGCUGAAAGAGGGUGCCAACAUCGAGGAUCACAACGAGAACGGUCACACGCCGCUGAUGGAGGCGGCCAGCGCCGGGCAUGUGGAGGUGGCUCGCGUGCUCCUGGAGUACGGCGCUGGCAUCAACACACACUCCAACGAGUUUAAGGAGAGCGCGCUCACGCUGGCCUGUUAUAAAGGACACUUGGACAUGGUGCGUUUCCUGCUGGAGGCUGGAGCAGACCAGGAGCAUAAGACAGAUGAGAUGCACACAGCACUCAUGGAGGCGUGCAUGGAUGGGCAUGUAGAGGUUGCUAGGCUGCUGUUGGACAGUGGGGCACAGGUAAACAUGCCCGCCGACUCAUUUGAGUCUCCACUGACCCUGGCAGCAUGCGGGGGUCACGUGGAACUGGCGGCUCUCCUGAUCGAGAGAGGGGCCAACCUGGAGGAGGUGAAUGACGAGGGGUACACGCCCCUGAUGGAGGCCGCACGGGAGGGGCAUGAGGAGAUGGUCGCGCUGCUUCUGGCACAAGGUGCAAACAUUAACGCUCAGACCGAGGAGACGCAGGAGACGGCUUUAACCCUGGCCUGUUGCGGAGGCUUCCUAGAGGUAGCUGAUUUUCUGAUUAAAGCUGGGGCGGACAUCGAGCUGGGCUGCUCUACGCCUCUAAUGGAGGCUGCGCAGGAGGGGCACCUAGAGUUGGUCAAAUACUUGCUUGCAGCAGGAGCCAAUGUCCACGCUACCACGGCAACGGGAGACACGGCACUGACGUACGCCUGUGAGAACGGACACACAGACGUGGCGGACGUGCUGCUGCAGACGGGAGCGGAUCUGGAACACGAGUCAGAAGGAGGAAGGACUCCUCUGAUGAAAGCAGCCAGAGCAGGACACUUGUGUACUGUACAAUUCCUCAUCAGCAAAGGUGCUAAUGUGAACAGAGCCACGGCCAACAACGAUCACACGGUGGUGUCUCUGGCCUGCGCCGGGGGCCACUUGGCCGUGGUGGAGCUGCUGCUGGCUCACGGGGCAGACCCUACUCACAGACUGAAGGACGGCUCCACGAUGCUGAUCGAAGCUGCUAAGGGCGGUCACACUAAUGUUGUGUCCUACCUGCUCGACUACCCAAACAACAUCCUGUCUGUCCCCGCACCUGACCUAUCUCAGCUCACUCCCCCCUCCCACGACACCUCACAGGCCCCUCGUGUCCCAUUCCAAGCCCUGGCCAUGGUGGUGCCCCCGCAGGAGCCAGACAGAGUGCCCUCCACCAUCACUACCCCUCCACCUGUCACAACUAAAGGUGUGUCGAAGCAGAGGCUAAGUCCUCUGCAGGGCAACGCUGUAGCUACAGGCGGGCUGGAGGCCGAAAUGCUUCCGCCCUUCCAUCCCUACCAGCCGCUGGAGUGCAUCGUAGAGGAGACGGAGGGGAAGCUGAACGAGCUGGGUCAGCGGAUCAGCGCCAUCGAGAAGGCCCAGCUACAGUCGCUGGAGCUCAUCCAGGGCGAGCCACUCACCAAAGACAAGAUAGAGGAGCUGAAGAAGAGCCGCGAGGAGCAGGUGCAGAAAAAGAAGAAGAUCCUCAAAGAGCUGCAGAAGGUGGAGCGGCAGCUACAGCUCAAAACGCAGCAGCAGUUCACCAAAGAGUACAUGGAGGCCAAGGGCCUUAAGGAGGAACCGGGCCAGACACCAUCAGGGGGAAUGGAAGCUCCCAGAAUGCUGUUGCCCCUCCAGGCUGCGCAGCUGGGUUCCGACAUGGACGGUGAGGGUAACCAUCACAAAGAGGACCACCAGCCCUCUCCGGCGGAGGAGGAGGAGGACGACGAAGACGAGGAGGACGAGGCGGAUGCCGACUACGCCAAACUGCCUCAGGUGGACACGAUCCUCUACCGCGAGGCAGUGCCUUCCCCUCCGCCCCCGCCUCCCCAAACCCAGUCUCUGCAGGGCCCCCCUCCACCCCCCUCGACACUGCAGGCCAGUUUCGUUCCCAUCCAGCCUCUGGCCACGCAGCAGUCCACGGACUUCGGCAGCGGUGAAUACGGAGGUGGUGGUGGUGGAGGUGGUGGUGGCAGCAGUCCAGACCUGCAGAGGGUAAUGCUGGGCCAGCCGCUAACAGGGUUAGGGUCAGGCCUCCUCACGCAGGCCCCCGACGGCCUCAUGGUGGCCACGCCCGCACAGACGCUCACCGACACACUGGACGACAUCAUGGCAGCAGCGGUGAGCAGCAGAGUGCCUAUGUUAAACCCAACAACCUCACCUACGCCUCAGCCCUCCGCACAGACGCCCAUGAGCACUGUCUCCCCGCCCUCCAUGCUCCCGCUCUACCCUUCCGUUGACAUCGAUGCACACACGGAGAGUAAUCAUGACACGGCUCUGACACUAGCCUGUGCUGGUGGCCAUGAGGAGCUUGUAUCAGUGCUCAUCGCACGCGGGGCCAACAUUGAGCACCGGGAUAAGAAAGGUUUCACUCCCCUGAUCCUAGCUGCCACUGCGGGUCAUGUUGGUGUGGUAGAGAUCCUUCUGGAUAAAGGAGGAGAUAUUGAAGCCCAGUCUGAGAGGACUAAAGACACACCUCUUUCUCUGGCUUGUUCUGGAGGAAGACAAGAGGUGGUGGAGCUUUUGCUGCUUCGUGGGGCCAACAAAGAGCAUCGCAAUGUGUCCGACUACACCCCGCUCAGCUUGGCUGCGUCAGGGGGCUAUGUCAACAUAAUCAAAAUCCUUCUGAACGCUGGCGCGGAGAUCAACUCCAGGACUGGCAGUAAACUGGGCAUCUCUCCUUUGAUGCUGGCUGCUAUGAACGGGCAUGUGCCGGCGGUCAAGCUGCUGCUGGACAUGGGCUCAGACAUCAACGCCCAGAUUGAGACCAACCGCAACACGGCGUUGACGCUUGCCUGUUUCCAAGGCCGGGCCGAGGUGGUCAGUCUGCUGCUGGACCGCAAGGCUAACGUGGAGCACCGUGCCAAGACUGGACUCACCCCUCUCAUGGAGGCUGCAUCUGGUGGUUAUGCUGAGGUCGGCCGUGUGCUGCUGGAUAAAGGCGCAGAUGUCAACGCCCCUCCCGUCCCCUCCUCCAGAGACACUGCGCUCACUAUUGCUGCAGACAAGGGUCACUACAAGUUCUGUGAGCUGCUCAUCAACAGAGGGGCUCACAUUGACGUGCGUAAUAAGAAGGGGAACACGCCUCUGUGGCUGGCCGCUAACGGAGGCCACUUUGACGUCGUACAACUUCUGGUGCAGGCCGGAGCCGACGUGGACGCAGCUGAUAACCGCAAGAUCACCCCACUCAUGGCUGCAUUCCGCAAGGGCCAUGUGAAAGUGGUGCAAUACUUGGUGAAGGAAGUGAACCAGUUUCCCUCAGACAUCGAAUGCAUGAGAUACAUCGCCACGAUCGCAGAUAAGGAGCUGCUGAAAAAGUGUCACCAGUGCAUGGAGACCAUUGUCAAAGCCAAAGACCAGCAGGCAGCUGAGGCCAACAAGAACGCCAGUAUCCUGCUCAAAGAGCUUGAUCUGGAGAAGUCCCGAGAGGAGAGUAAGAAACAGGCCCUGGCAGCGAAACGUGAGAAACGCAAGGAGAAACGCAAGAAGAAGAAAGAGGAGCAGAAGAGGAAGCUGGAGGAGGAAGAGGCAAAAGUCAAAGAAGUGUCUUCUGAGAUGCUUGACCAAGAGAAAGAUUCUGCUGAAGAGGUGGAGGUCCCCAUUGAACCUCCGAGUGCCACUACUACCACCACCAUCGGCAUCUCUGCCAAUUCCACCACCUUCUCCUUUCCUGGCAAGAAAAGAGCUAACGUGGCCACCACGCCCAGUACCAACCGUAAGAACAAAAAGAACAAGACAAAGGACUCCCCGAGCGAACCCAUCAUCCUACAGGACCCGCAGGUGGCGCUGGCACAGCAGAAAGCCGAUAAAAACAAGAUCCACGGUGAGCCGCGGGGCGGCGGAGCACCAAGUGGAAACAGUGAUUCGGACAAUCUGGACAGCGCUGACUGCAACAGCGAGAGCAGCAGUGGCAGCAAAAGCCAGGAACCAGUCGACCUACCUUCCUCUUCCUCUUCAUCCUCCUCCUCUUCGGCCAGCAGGCCAGACGCGGGUCACACCCAGCCUGCCACUGAGAAAAGACAGGGCCCUACGCUGCAGUGCUCCAGGGAGGAGAAGGUCACAGUGUCCAUUUCCAAACCUCAGCAGAAAGCUCACGACAGCUCUGGCGACUUGACCCCCAGUUCCCUACCCUCUUCGUUCAAGACCAUUUCACUGCCUGUCACCUCACCCAACAGUAAGAUGAACCUCACCAGCCCUAAGAGAGGUCAGAAGAGAGAGGAAGGCUGGAAAGAAGUGGUGCGGAGGUCCAAGAAACUUUCAGUCCCUGCAUCUGUGGUGUCCCGGAUUAUGGGUAGAGGUGGCUGCAAUAUCACAGCCAUUCAAGACGUGACAGGAGCCCACAUCGACGUUGACAAACAGAAGGAUAAAAACGGGGAAAGGAUGAUCACAAUCAGAGGGGGUACUGAGUCAACGCGCCACGCGGUACAGUUGAUUAAUGCUUUGAUCCAGGACCCUGCCAAAGAGCUAGAGGACCUGAUCCCUCGCAACCACAUCCGCCCACCCGGCACCAACACCAAAAUCGGCUCCACCUACACCACCUCCACUGGGGCGACCAGCACCACCGCCGCGGGCUCCAAGGGCCUGCCCUCCGUCGUUCCCUCCUCCAGCGUCUCCUUCCAGGCCUCCUCCUCCUCCACAGCUCAGCAGGCGGGCAAACUGGGCAAGAACAUGGCGCCAGGUGUCCGGCCUCCGUUCGUCUCACUGCCCUUGGGUUUCGCUCACCCUCAGUUAGCUCUGCUGGCCGCCCAGACCAUGCACCAGAUCAGGCACCCUCGUCUGCCCAUGGCUCAGUUUGGUGGCACUUUCUCGCCCUCGCCCAACACGUGGGGUCCUUUCCCCGUACGGCCCGUGAGUCCCAGCAGCGCCAACAGCUCCCCCAAGCACAGUGGGAGUGCUGCUGUGUCCCGGCCAACCAAUGCUUCAGCCACCCACCCAGAGCAUCCGACCCCAACCACCAGCACCACCACCGCCCCCUCCUCCACAGCCUCGCCCUCCAGCACUGCGCCCACGGGUGUGCCCACACCCUCAUCGGUCAGAAAGCAGCUCUUUUCCUCAGAGCCCAAAUCAGGCAGCAUGCCCGCUGUUACCACCGCUGCCACCAGCAGCAGUGUCCCCACAGCACAGGCUGCUCCUACCCCCAUGAGCUCUAACCCUCCAACUACGCCUUCCACGCCUCCUCCUCCACCUGCUCCCAUCGCUCCACCCUCUCAACAACCCGCCUCCAGCAAACUGGAGUCUUCAGCUAACGUCACGCCCGCUAAGGAGAAGCCCGUUGCUGAUUUGGCCACAUCUGCCAUGAGCGCCACGUCAGAGGGCCCCAGUCCCGCAGCCGCACCCCUGCACUUCCCGGCGUCUCCUUCCGCUCAGCCGUCACUGCCCGCUCAGUCCGAGAGCCGGCAGCAGCUGCCCCUGCCAUUCCCCUCCGGCACCACGGAGCCCAGCUCCACUGUGACUCAGACCUGCUCCAGCCUGCCCGUGUCCCGCCCAGCGCCCACCGCCAGCACUGCCCUCACCAACACCAGCAGCACCUUACCUCACUAUGCCAUGCCCGGGCCCGGGGUCUCCCCUCGCAUGCAGCCCCCGGCCCCUUACUACCCCGUGGCACCAGGAGCUCCUCUGCAGGAGCUGCAGCAGUCUGUCUUUGUGCCACCAGCUGGUGGAGCGUCCUCCCAAGAGCCUCUUAAACAGCCGCAGCUCCAACAGCAGCAGCCGCCUCAGUCUGGCUUGGCUGCUACUGGCAUGGCCUCAUCAUCUCUGCAGAUGUCUUCCAACAUGGGCAUCAUAAACGGCUCCCAGGUCCACCUGCACGGAGGCAAGGCUCAGCUGCAGCCUGGCUACAGCCCCACUGGUCUCUUUAACCCCUUUACCAGUAUGUUUGACAACCCGUCAGGAAACAGCCAGGUCUGGGGAGCAUGUCAUUUGCCUACACGAACCCCACCUGAGCAGUCCUAUAGUGCCCCACCAGCCUACAUGGGGGGAAUUGGGCAAGUGGAGAGCAUCUUGCCCCCUCCAGAUGGUUCAAAGGCUCCAGGAUAUCGCUGCCCCUCCCAGAGGAUGGUGUCCAGCCCCAUUGGAAUGCAUCCAAUGGACUCCACGGGAAAUUCCAUCUCUUCAUCCACGGCACUCACCAGCUUUGCCCCGAGUAUCUCUGGAAGUCCAGUGUUCCUGCAAGGCCCGAACCCUGUGGGCACGCCCUCCUUCAGCCGCCAGCACUUCUCCCCUCACCCUUGGAGCGCCUCCACAUCCUGCGAGUCUCCGGUGCCCUCUGUGUCAUCCGGGGCCUCCUCUCCUCUCUGCACAUCCACUGUUACCCCGGCACUGAUCCAGGCCAAGCCCAGCAGCUCUAGCCAGCAGGACCGCAAAGUUCCGCCACCCAUCGGCACCGAGCGCCUGGCCCGUAUCCGCCAGACAGGUUCCGUUAACCACACCAUGCUACCUACCAGCUACACCCCACCUGUUGGACAGGGUGGUAUCUGGUCUUUCGGUGUUGGCAGUGCCUCCGAAGCGAUGUCAGGCUGGUCUCAGCCAUUAAUGGGUGGACACAUGAUGCACCAGCAGCUUCAGGAACAGUCUGCAUUUUCCCAGCACCAAGCCAUGGAGCGUGAUGAUACUGGCAUUGUGGCCCCAUCCAACACCUUCCACCAGCCCGUGCCCACCAACUUCAUGGAUUUCCCAAAGGGUCUGCCCAUGUCGAUGUACGGUGGGACAAUGAUUCCUCCUCACCCUCCAAUGGCAGAGGGUCCUGGAGCUCCCAUGUACAACGGAAUUCACACAACAGACCCUGCCUGGAACCCCAUCCUAAAAGUCGUCCCCAACUCGGCCGAGAACUCAGACCCACAGCAGGUAUGGCCAGGGACUUGGGCCCCGCAUGUGGGAAACGUGCACCUGAAUCAUGUCAACUAAACACAAACAUAGCGAUCGAGCCAUAGGACCAGUAACAAGAAACACAUUUAAAAAAAAAAGAAAAGAACAAGAUAAUUACCUGAUUACAAAGAUGUUAACCUAGUUGUGUCCCCUAAAAAGAAACUUCAAAAAAAAAAAGGUUAUGAAAUUUGAAAGUCGGACACCUUUGAUGUGCCUAACUCAAAAGAAGAAUCCAGUGUGGGCUUAAGCGUGUUUACCACUGUCUAUGAACAAAUGGAUUGCCUGUUCAACAGGAUACAUUCUGAGUAGUAUAGCCAUUUUGACAUUAAAGCCCCAUUAAGUGUUCUUGGUCAGCAGGGCUCUAUAGGACUGUGCGCUAUUUAUACACGGCCAAGAACUAGUUGAUUACAUUAAAGAGAGAAAUCAGACCUUUUAGAGUGGUAAAUACAUGUAUAAUUGUUUACAUACUGAAAAAGGGUUGAAAUGAGAGUAAAUUUCAUGUCGUAUAGUGGCUCUACUUUAUGUAGCCUGUAUUAAUGUGAAAUAUUUACCUUAAUAUUCAAUAAAAAGUUAAAAAUGUA